CAGGCGCAGUGCGACUCCGGAGGCGCGGGCUGGCCCCUCCGCGGGUUUGGAUCCGGGUCAGUCAGGCGCCGCGAUCGGGGAGAGACGAUCUGAACUGACGGGACUGGAUUCCCGGAGCGCCCCAGCUGCGAGGAGAAGUUGCAGUAAAAGCUUAGCUGAAUUCUUUGGAGACUAUUUUCAGUGUUCACCGGAGUGAUCUGCCUAAAAUACCUUCUUCUACAUUAUUAACGGCAGCGCCCAUAGUAGUGUAAAAACUUUCACAAUGAAAUCCGAAGCCAAGGAUGGAGAGGAGGAGAGUCUACAGACCGCUUUCAAGAAACUAAGAGUGGAUGCAUCAGGGUCCAUAGUAUCACUGUCUGUUGGAGAAGGCACAAAUGUCAGAGCAUCAGUCAGAACAGCAGUGGAUGAUACCAAACUGAAAACCUCGUGUGCAUCUAAAGACAGUUGGCACGGGUCUACAAGGAAGUCUUCACGAGGAGCAGUGAGAACCCAGCGUCGUCGACGUUCUAAGUCUCCUGUCCUUCAUCCUCCAAAGUUUAUACAUUGCAGUACAAUAGCUUCUUCUUCCAGCAGCCAGCUCAAGCACAAAAGCCAGACUGACUCCCCUGAUAGCAGCAGUGGGCUGGGCAUUUCCACCCCUAAAGAGUUCAAUGCAGGAGAAUGCUCUACAUCUCUCGAUACUAAUCACACAGGGGCAAUCGUUGAGCCUUUGAGAACUGCGGUUCCCAGGCUCCCAUCAGAGAGUAAGAAGGAAGACACCUCUGAUUCUACCCAAGUCUCCCAAGCAAGUCUCAAGGCCAAUGAUCUCUCUGACUUUCAAUCCGUUUCCAAGCUAAACCAGGGCAAGCCAUGUGCAUGCAUAGGCAAGGAGUGCCAGUGUAAGAGAUGGCAUGAUAUGGAAGUGUAUUCCUUUUCAGGCCUGCAGAGUGUCCCUCCCUUGGCCCCAGAGCGAAGAUCUAUGCUUGAGGACUACUCUCAGUCGCUCCACACCAGAACUCUGUCUGGCUCCCCCCGCUCCUGUUCUGAGCAAGCUCGAGUCUAUGUGGAUGAUGUGACCAUUGAGGACCUGUCAGGCUACAUGGAAUAUUACUUGUAUAUUCCCAAGAAAAUGUCCCACAUGGCAGAAAUGAUGUACACCUGAUAGCAAGAAACUAAGUAAUAUGCUUUAAACCAAUGAAGGGUUGUCAGAGAGAUUUAGUUAAUGGCAGACCUUGCGGCCACGUUAUGUGAGAAGACGUCUCCUUCUGCUCACUGUGCUUGCAAUAAAAACUUUUCUUGGCAUCUCCGUUCAUCUUCGUUCUUUAAACUUACACUCUGCGUUCUUACAUACGCACCAAGGUGAGCAGAUCAAAGGAAAAUCCCUCCUCUUUAGAAAAGUUUCUGGGAGAUGAAGAAACCAUAAUCAUUUGACUGUUAGUGAUGGGUAUAUGGUAAAAGCCUUUGUAAAGCAGUUCAUUUUUCAGAUCUGUUUAAGAUUUGUUGGCCAAGGAAAAUGAAACGUUUUGUAACCGGACUGAACAUUCGUCGUACUGUAGUUGCCAGCCCAGAAUCUUAGAAGUUAUAUGACUGAUUUAAACCAUCUCUGAUUUAACACAAGUUUAUUGUGUCUUUCAGGGUUCCUUAAGUUAUUGUUAAGCCAGAGAUCUAAGGUUUAGAUUCAAUAUGAAUAAACUAGCUGGCCCGCCCUGUA